UUUCAAGGCGUUCGGAUCAUUCGAAAAUGAGCGGAAGAAUUGGCAAAGCUUCUGGAGAACGAGAAAGUAAUGCAGAAAAAGCUUCGUCUUGCGCAUCAGAAGAGAAUCUAAACGCGGGCACAAAGAGAAAAACCGAAGAAGAUGCUUCGGAAAAUGCUUUUGUAGCCAUACGAUUAAAGAAGGAUGACUCUCCGGCUUCGGUAACAGAAAAUUCCCGGGAAAAUCAACACAUCCAUUUUUCAGAUACAACUAUCUUCGCACUGAACACUGAUUGCUGGGUAGUUGUAUUUUCUUACCUCAGCUUGAGAGAUCAAUUGCAAGUGGCCACCUCCAAUCGGUAUCUUAAAACUGUUUUCCAUGACUUACUGUAUAAGAGGUACAAACACCUUACGGAAAGUGGCACUACCAAUAUCGACGAAACGGAUCUGCAUAAUUUACUCGAAAUCGUUGGAGAGAACGUGCUCAGCUAUGAGUCAUCACUCGAUCCUCAGGCCAAUGGCGAUCAGCACUUGUGGCUACUGCGGAGGUACUGCCCCAACUUGCAAUACCUUAAAAUGGCAAUUCGACGGACCAGGUGGUUCGAUCUGCAGCAAUUGAAGAAUCUGACGUCGUUGCACGUCUAUCUGGACUUUGCCAGUCCUGAGAUCUACAGGGACUUCGUCUUUGGCCUACUGAAACUGCCAUGCCUAAAGAAAUUAAAGUUGGAGGCAAGAGAUUAUAAGCUAAACGGCUUGCAUGUUCUGAAAAAUUUGGAAUUUCUAGAGAUCAAGUGCCUUCCGGCACUGGAUGCAAAUUGUUUGGUCGAUUGUUGCACGAAUAUGAAGCAGUUGCGUCACCUUAACGUGGGCCAAUUCAUCGAUAACCUCACCACGGAAAACUUUAGGAUAAUUGUGACGAACUGUCGCCAGCUGGAAAGUCUGGUCUUUGGAGAAGGACUGCAGGUAUCUUCUGUUGCCUACGAGAUCGUCUGCCAGCUGCCCAAGCUGAAGCAUUUGCAGUUGUGGCAUACGGACUCAAUAAGACCGAGUUUCAUCGAGGGAAUGAUUAAUAAAACUGGUGCUCCGUUGGAAUGCCUUAUUUUGACGGGAUUCAUUUUGAAAACUGAGCAAGUACAGCAUCUUUGCGAGAUUUCUUCGCUCCGGGAACUUUCUGUGAGCUGCGAAACAGUCCCCUUGGAAAGCCUACUAAAGUUAAAAAACCUGGAAGCACUGGACACAUGCAUGCCAACUGUUACCAACGAUCAGCUUUUGGCGCUUCUGAUGGGCUGCCCGCUUUUAAGUGUACUUAGUGCGUCUCAUUCCCUGUCAAUAACCUCAGAAUUUGUAUCAGAAGCAACUCGAUUGUUUAGUAGCCGAAAGAUCAAAAUCUACUUGCAUGAAACAUCUGUUGAUUGGGAUGCACUACCGAUUGCAAAUGACAAUAAGUUUAUUCAAUUCGUAAGGGGAAAGUUAAGUAGUCCCAUCUUGAUAAACCACGAGAUAUACGAUAAAUAGAAAAGAUAGUUCCCCAUUUUACAUGUUUUCAAAUGCAAAAGAUAUAUUCUGUAUAUAUUCUUAAAAUGUAAUAAAAAUUUUUAUUAAUUUCAA